AUGUCUCAGAUGACUUCGAUGAGGUAUUUCCUCAAGCCACGGUACCUUGCACGUGUACCAAGACGACUCGAGUCUCAGUUACAACGGCAAGAUCCCAUCUCCACUCGACUCAAGCCUAAAGAGAAACUUAACAUUCUCUUUUUCUCAAACAAGCACAACAGCCUCAGUCAAAGGAUGGCUCUGGAACUAAGACAGAGACAACACAACAUCACCGUGCAUGAGAUCAACGAGCCUGCAGAGAUGACAAAAUUAGCUUUUGAUGCCCAACCCGAUCUCAUUCUUUGUCCAUUUCUCACCAAACGAAUUCCAGAAGAAGUGUUUUCUAAUCCCAACAUUCCUUGUUGGAUUGUUCAUCCUGGAAUCGAGGGCGACCGUGGCAUGAGUUCUAUUGACUGGGCGUUGUAUGACAUGGAGGACGAGUGGGGAGUAAGCGUCCUUCAGGCGGCCUCAGAGAUGGACGCAGGCGAUAUUUGGAGCACCAAAACCUUCCCUGUCAGGCGCCCAAAUGUCAACACACUCACCAAGUCGAGCUUGUAUGUGAAUGAAGUCACACAAACAGCCGUGAAAGCUACUUUGGAAGCCAUAACUAACCUCUUAUCGGGGCAGACACCCAGACCACUUAAUUACAACAAUCCACAAGUGAGGGGAACCUGCCGCCCUAACAUGACCAAGGCUGACCGAACUGUGAACUGGGAAUUGCCAGCUGACGAGGUAGCCUGUCAGAUUCGCAUGUCUGACUCAGCACCAGGAGCAGUCGGUCGCUUUAGAGCGAAAGGAGGAGAUGGCAAUUGGAACUGGACCAAGGACUUUCGCCUCUUUGGAGCACAUCUGGAGAAAGGAAGACUUAGAUUCCUGACAGGAAAACCUGGUGAAAUAUUGGGCCAACGCCAUGGAUCUGUUUUAAUCAAGUGCGGCAGGGGGGCUUUAUGGGUUUCACAUCUCAAGAAAAACAAACUUAAACUCCCCGCCACCAUGUGGCUAAAAACUGGUGCCCCAACCGUAGCAGACUCCUUUCCAUCCAUCCCAUACGGGUCCUAUCCUAACACAGCUCAGGAUAUCUGGACAAGUAUGACGCCUGACGGCGUCUGCUUUGUACACUUCGAGUUCUACAACGGAGCUAUGAGCACCAGCCAAUGUCAGCGUCUGGUUUCCGUUCUGCAAAAGGUGGAGGAGAAUGACUUUUGCAAGGUAAUGGUUCUGAUGGGUGGCCGAGACGUGUUCAGCAAUGGUAUCCACCUUAAUGUUAUCGAAGCAGCCGAAGACCCAGUUGAGGAAUCAUGGAAGAACAUCAAUGCAAUCAACGAUGUCGUGCGUGGCAUCUUCACCAGCAAAAAGAUCACCGUCUCGGCCUUACGUGGAAACGCUGGUGCUGGUGGAGCCAUGAUGGCUUUGGCUAGCGACUUCGCCUUUGCACGUGAUGGGGUGGUGCUGAAUCCUCACUAUAAGCUAAUGAAGCUUUAUGGUUCAGAAUAUCACACAUACUUUCUGCCAAAGCGUGUGGGUCAAAAAAAGGCGAGUGAGUUAUUGUCCAGUGCUGAACCCAUCCUGGCCUCUGAAGCCGCUCAAAUUGGUUUUCUGGAUGGUUGUGUAGGAGACAGCGUCGAAGAAUUUGACAUGUGGAUUAAAGAAGAAGCAAUGUACCUUGCAAGACCGUCUUUGCAGCAACAUUUUUCCCAAGUAAAGAAUCAAAAAGCAAACCCGGAAGUCUUGAAGGAAAUUGAGGAAUGCCGCUCAGGUGAACUGGCAUUCAUGGCUAGAAACUUUCAGGAUCCUGAGUACCACAUGGCCAGAAAAUACUUUGUUUAUCACUAA